UGACUCUGGCUGUGGCCGCCUGGGGCUCCUUGCAGCUGAGGCCAAGGCUGGGGUGUGGCAGCCUCCCUACAAGCAGGGGGGCUGGGCCUGCGUGGACGGCAGCCCUCCCUCCCGUAUUACACGCCCCCACCCAGGAUUCUCCCGUCCAUUGCCCCCCACUCCCCCCACCUUUCCCUCUAGCCCCAUCCCAACGGAUCCCGGCUUCCUUACAUGGUCACGGCUGGGCCUUGAGCGCCCGGACGUCCUCCCCCACCCCCACCGCCCUCCGCCCCCACCGGACACGGCCCCCGCCCAGCAAGCCCAGCGUGGUCUGCCUGCGCCCCACCAUGGAGGAUCUGGAUGCCCUGCUCUCUGACCUGGAGACCACCACCUCACACAUGCCAAGGUCAGGGGCUCCCAAAGAGUGUCCCUCAGAGCCCCUCACGUCUUCCCAGCCCUAUGGCCACCAGUCGCAGAUGGGGUCUGGGGAGUCUUUAGGAGCCUCUGGAGACAAGGACCAUCUGUACAGUACGGUAUGCAAGCCUCAGUCUCCAAAGCCUGUGGCCCCUGCGGCUCCUCCAUUCUCCUCUUCCAGUGGUGUCUUGGGCACAGGGCUCUGUGAGCUAGACCGGUUGCUUCAGGAACUUAAUGCUACUCAGUUCAACAUCACAGAUGAAAUAAUGUCUCAGUUCCCAUCUAGCAAGGAGACUGCAGGGGACCAGAAGGAGGACCAAUCUGAGGACAAGAAAAGGCCUAGCCUCCCUCCCAGCCCAUCCCCUGUUCUCUCAAAACCUUCAGCCACCUCUGCCACCCUGGAGCUGGAUAGACUGAUGGCCUCACUCUCUGACUUCCGAGUCCAGAACCACCUUCCAGCUUCUGGGCCAACCCAGCCACCAGUGCCAAGCUCUGGGAAUGAGGGCUCCCCACCCUCACCGGGCCCGACUAGCAAGGGCAGCUUAGACACCAUGCUGGGGCUGCUACAGUCUGACCUCAGCCGCCGUGGCAUUCCCACCCAGGCCAAGGGCCUCUGUGGCUCCUGCAAUAAACCUAUUGCUGGGCAAGUGGUGACUGCACUGGGGCGUGCUUGGCACCCUGAGCACUUCGUUUGUAGUGGCUGUUCCACCGCCCUGGGAGGCAGCAGCUUCUUCGAGAAGGAUGGAGCCCCCUUCUGCCCUGAGUGCUACUUCGAGCGCUUCUCCCCACGAUGUGGCCUCUGCAAUCAACCCAUUCGACAUAAGAUGGUUACUGCCUUGGGCACCCACUGGCACCCAGAGCAUUUCUGCUGCGUCAGUUGCGGGGAGCCCUUUGGAGAUGAGGGUUUUCACGAGCGCGAGGGCCGCCCAUACUGCCGCCGGGACUUCCUGCAGCUCUUCGCCCCACGCUGCCAAGGCUGCCAAGGCCCCAUUCUGGAUAACUACAUCUCAGCGCUCAGUGCACUCUGGCACCCAGACUGUUUCGUCUGCAGGGAAUGCUUCGCGCCCUUCUCAGCAGGCAGCUUUUACGAGCACGAGGGCCGCCCACUGUGUGAAAACCAUUUCCACGCGCGGCGCGGUUCGCUGUGCGCCACGUGCGGCCUCCCGGUGACCGGACGUUGUGUGUCUGCGCUUGGCCGCCGCUUCCACCCGGACCACUUCACCUGCACCUUCUGCCUGCGCCCGCUCACCAAGGGCUCCUUCCAAGAGCGCGCCGGCAAGCCCUACUGCCAGCCCUGCUUUCUCAAGCUCUUUGGCUGACUCUCAGUCCCCAAAACCCCACCCUUCCCCAAAAGCCCGAGCUCUUGAGACUCCAAUGCCUAGCUCUUUGAGCUUGGGGCUUUCCCUAGCCCCACCCUAUAAACACUACCCACUGUAGAGACCCACCCCUAAGGUAUCUUACUCUACAUUUUCCAGGCCAAUCCUAAGGUCACACGCCCCCCAAAGUGGGACACAGACUGACUAGCACCCCUCCUGAGUCCUUCACUUUAUUCCUACCCUCAAGGGAACCCCGACUGCAGGAAGGCCCUUGCAAUUACCACUGAUCAGAAGCCCGGCUGGGACAUUCCUCCCCCGCCCCCUUCCUCCCCCCCCCCCCCGCCCCGCCCGCCCCACUGCUUUGUGCAUUUUUUUUCUAUCUACAUAAACAACACAGUCCACAGUCGCACUGGCGCUGUGUUUGCACUGGCGAGCCUUUCGUCGGGACUCCCCGCGUCUUGUGAAGGUUCUUUCUGCAGUCGGUUCGAGGCCACCACCUUGUGGCUGGAGCGAGACCUGCAGCCUUAGCCUUCGCGUAUCUGAUGAGCCUGAUGCUGGAGAGGACCGGGACCAGAGCCACCUUGUAAAGAUAGUGGCAGAGCCAGCACAGGAGCUCAAGCUGGGCCCCCUAGAACCUUCCUAUUUCCACUUCCCCACCUCCGACCCUCUUCAGCUCACUAUAGUUUUGAAAUAAGUACUUAAACUGUUCCCAAUUCCCCUGGCCCUCCCAUUUUGUGAUUCCCAGGGAGUGGGUUUUCCCCUUUUUAUAAGACCUUUAGAGGUGGGCUCCAUCCAGAAGUGCCAAUCUAUGCCCACCCUUUCAAUCUGGGCACUAAGGCACAGCUUCCCUCUUACUACAGUAUUGAUUCAUAACAUCUCCCCCAGGCAGAGGGUGACACUCUGUGUGACCCGAGCAGUGGCUGAGGGGAGCAAUGGGGGCUGGAGAAGCCAGAAGGAGGCUUCUAACUGGGAGUCACAGAAGGCUUCCUGAAGGAGGUGACACCUGAGAUAAGUCCCAGCAGAAAAGGAUGGGAGGGGGUUAGGUGUGGAGAAAUCCAGGCUCCAUCUGAAUUCCCAAGACCCAGAGGCCUUUCUGAGCCCCCGAACCUUCGCCUUGUUCCCUGCAGCUGCCUAGGGAGGGGACAUGGACUCCUGGGCCCAAAUUAUAGGGGCCUUUGAGGAUGGAAAUGAUGGAUCUUCAGAGCCACUUCCAGCUCAAGAAAGAGUUAGCACCCAAAAAGAGCAUGUGUGGGCAAGAGGCAGGUGAGGUGUUCUCUAUCCUUACCUCAGACCCCCAGAUCCUUUCCUCUCUGAGGCUCCUCUCCCCGGGUCUUCCCUGGCCUCCUACUCUUCUCCUUCCACAUACUCUCCCUGGGCAAUGCUGUCCACCCCCUGGCUUCUAGCCACCUCCCUGUCUUGAGGAUACCCAAAUUGGUCACCUCCAGUCUCGAUUCAUUUAUUUGCCAAGUAUUUAUUGAAUAUUUAUUACACCAGGCUCCAUACCAGGUGCUGCGGGACCACAGGGAACCAAGUAAACAUGGUCCUUGCCUUCAUGGAGCUGAAGUCUAUCUAGUAAGGGAGACAUGACAAGUGACAAGUGAUGAAGUAAUGGGACUUCUAUGACUGCCUAGUACCUCCCUAGUCCUUUAGUACUAAUCACUAUUGCAAAUACAUGCUUAUUUGUUGCUUGUU